AAAAACUAAAAACGAGUUAAAAAAAAAGAAGCAAAGAAAGAAUAAAUAUUCUGGGUAGGUUUGCUGCCGUGGCUGCUGCCAUGCCAUUUUCAUCUUCUACUUGAUCCGAUCUCUCACCACAAAACCCUAAUUUCCCCCUGUCGUCUCUCUCAGAUCUCACCGCCGUUAAUCAAAUUCAGAAUGGCUUCUCAUUUACUCAAUCACUCCAAAAAGUUAAGAAACGCUUCGAGCUUGUUACACCAUGACCGUGCACUUUUGGUUCGAUGGUUUUGCAGCGAUGUUCAACCCUUAUCUAUCAACAGAAAUCGUGAUAUGUUGAAAACCCGAAUACAAGAUUAUGAGUCUUCAGCGAGAAACCGUGUCUCUGAAUCGGCCCCAAACUUUACUAAACCUUCAUUUGGUGUACAGAAGAGAAACAUGUCCACCAUGAAAAGGGGUUAUAUGAGGUUGAAUGGAGAGGUUUUACAAAGUUCACAGGUUCUGUCAAGGAGAAGCUAUUCAUCAGCUUCAGAUCUCCCCCCACAUCAGGAAAUUGGAAUGCCUUCUCUCUCGCCUACAAUGACAGAGGGUAACAUUGCAAGAUGGUUGAAGAAAGAAGGGGAUAAAGUUUCUCCUGGUGAAGUGCUCUGUGAAGUUGAAACUGAUAAAGCUACUGUUGAAAUGGAGUGCAUGGAGGAUGGUUUUCUGGCCAAAAUAGUUCGUCAGGAGGGGGAAAAAGAAAUUCAAGUUGGCGAGGUAAUUGCCAUCACUGUUGAAGAAGUGGGGGACAUUGCAAAGUUUAAAGAUUACAAACCUUCAGCAUCUGAAUCUAGUGAGCCCCCGGCCAAAGAAACACCUGCCCCACCUCCACCAAAGAAAGAAGUGGCAGAGGAGCCUGCCCGAGAACCUGAGCCAAAGGUUUCCAAGCCUAAUGCUCCGCCUUCAUCCGGAGAUCGGAUAUUUGCUAGUCCCCUUGCUAGAAAGUUGGCCGAAGAGAAAAAUGUGACUCUCUCCAGCAUUAAAGGAACAGGGCCUGAUGGGCUCAUUGUCAAGGGUGACAUUGACGAUUACUUGGCUUCUAGUGGUGUUAAAGAAGUUUCAGCACCCUCAAAGACCAAGGCUGCAACGGAUGUGGCAUUGGAUUAUACCGACAUUCCUGUCUCUCAGAUAAGAAAGAUCACGGCUUCACGUUUGUUGCUAUCAAAACAAACUAUUCCUCAUUACUAUUUAACAGUAGAUACUUGUGUUGACAAACUCAUGAGUUUGCGUUCCCAACUCAAUUCAUUGCAGGAAGCCACUGGCGGUUCCCGCAUAUCAGUAAAUGACCUUGUAAUCAAGGCUGCUGCUUUGGCUCUCCGUAAAGUUCCUCAGUGUAACAGUUCAUGGACAAAUGACUAUAUUCGCCAGUUUCAUAAUGUGAAUAUUAAUGUUGCCGUGCAGACUGAACAUGGACUCUUUGUUCCGGUUGUUAGGGAUGCGGACAAGAAAGGCCUCUCUAAAAUAGGCGAAGAGGUCAAACAAUUGGCUAAGAAAGCUAAAGAAAACAGCUUGAAACCCCAAGAUUAUGAGGGAGGUACAUUUACAGUGUCUAACUUGGGAGGACCAUUUGGAGUCAAACAGUUCUGUGCCAUUGUCAAUCCUCCUCAAUCUGGCAUUCUCGCUGUUGGAUCUGCCGAGAGAAGGGUCGUUCCAGGUUCAGGUGCUGAAGAAUUCAAAUUUGCUUCCUUCAUGGCCGUAACCCUCAGCUGCGAUCAUCGUGUAAUAGAUGGGGCAAUUGGUGCUGAAUGGCUAAAAGCAUUCAAAGGCUAUAUUGAGAAUCCAGAAACCAUGUUGUUGUAAAGUAAAUAGAAGACUCCCGUGAAGUACUGUCAAUUCCUUUUUUCGAGUGAUAUUUUAGGCGGGUGGAUGAGAUUCUGAUCACCUGGUAUUUCCCAUUUGGGUUUGGUUGAUUGUAUAUCCCUGACCAAUUUUUGAUUUAAGUAUUUAUUCUCUUAAAAAUAAAUUUUGUAAUAAGCGAGGGUAGAUGAGCUAUUGUAUUUCGAGCCCUGAAAUUGUGUCGAUAGAAGAGGAUGCUACCCCGAUAUACAAGCAAAUGAGGAUCUAACAUUUUCUUUGUUAGAUGAUGGUGUGAAUAAUUCAAACAACACACUAAUUUAUUUUUUUGGCA